UGUAUAGGGAAGUCGUCACCCGGAGAUGCGCGAAUGACCGUCGCCUUCCGACCGCUGGUCAGUGUUUACCCUGAGAGGGCGACCUGGGCCGCCAGCCCGGAACUGCUAUUGUACAAGUUUUCAAAAUGACUGCGAUCAAGCAUGCUUUGCAAAGAGAUAUCUUCACUCCAAAUGAUGAACGAUUGCUCAGCAUUGUUAAUGUCUGCAAGGCAGGCAAGAAAAAGAAAAACUGCUUUCUGUGUGCUACAGUAACAACUGAGCGACCAAUCCAAGUAAAUGUCGUGAAAGUGAAGAAAUCUGAUAAGGGAGACUUCUACAAACGCCAGACAGCGUGGGUCCUGCGAGACCUAGCUGUGGUCGAUGCCAAAGAUGCGAAUAAGGAAAAUCCAGAGUUUGACUUGCAUUUUGAAAAAGUUUAUAAAUGGGUUGCUAGCAGCACGGCAGAAAAAAAUUCUUUUAUCUCCUGUAUUUGGAAACUUAAUCAACGAUACCUUCGCAAGAAGAUUGAAUUUGUCAACGUUAGCUCACAAUUAUUGGAAGAACUUCCUAAAGUUACAGAAGAAUCUGUUCCAAGUGGUGAAAAUCAGAGUGUGGCUGGUGGGGACGAGGAAUCCUUGGACGAAUAUCAGGAGCUGAAUGCAAAAGAAGAACAAGACAUAGAGAUAAUGAUGGAUGGAUGUGAAUAUGCUAUCUCAAAUGCUGAAGCUUUCGCAGAAAAACUUUCUAGCGAACUACAGGUGUUGGAUGGGGCCAACAUCCAGUCAAUCAUGGCUUCAGAAAAGCAGGUGAAUAUUCUGAUGCAGCUGCUGGACGAGGCACUUAAAGAGGUGGAUCAGAUUGAACAUAAACUGAGCAGCUAUGAAGAGAUGCUGCAAAGCGUAAAAGAGCAAAUGGACCAUAUCUCACAGAGCAACGACCUGAUCCAGCUCAGUAACACUAACAACCUGAAGCUCCUGGAAGAGAUAGAAUUUCUAGUAAAUCAUUUGGAUCUAUCCAAGGGUCAUAUUAAAGCCCUCACAGAUGGGGAUCUUUCUUCUUCUAAAGGCAUUGAAGCAUGCACGAACGCUGCAGAAGCCCUCUUGCAAUGCAUGAAUAUAGCCCUUCGCCCAGGACAUGGUCAUCUUCAUUCAGUGCAGCAGCAGCAACAGCAGUUUAAAGAGCUUCGUGAGCAGUUUGCUCGGAGACUUGCCAACCAUCUUAAUAAUGUCUUCGUCCAACAGUUCACUCAGAAUCUCACCCUGUACUAUCGUAGAGCCUCCUACUACUCAGUUUCUGGACAUGACCAGAGCUCCACCCUGGCUCAACACUCGAUUGAACUGACUCUACCUAAGCAUCAACCUUUUCAUCGCGAUCUACUCAGAUAUGCAAAGCUGAUGGAGUGGCUAAAGAACACUGACCAUGAGAAGUAUGAAGGUCUGAAUAAGAAUUAUGUAGAUUAUAUAUGUAGAUUAUAUGAACGGGAAAUUAAGGAAUUCUUUGAGGUUGCAAAAAUCAAAAUGACUGGCACAUCAAAAGAAGGAAAAAAGUUUGGUCUUCAUGGAAGUUCUGGGAAACUUACUGGCUCCACCUCCAGCCUCAACAAGCUGACUGUGCAGGGAGCAGGAAGCCGUCGCUCUCAAUCGUCCUCUUUACUGGACAUGGGAAACAUGUCCUCAUCGGACCUCGAUGUAGCCGACAGAACUAAGUUUGAUAAGAUAUUUGAGCAAGUCCUGAGUGAGUUGGAGCCCCUUUGUCUGGCUGAGCAAGAUUUCAUCAGCAAAUUCUUCAAGCUACAACAGAAUCCUGCUUUACUGGGGACAAUAAUGGUGGACUCUGAGGAGAUGGACGGGGGAAUCCUAUCUCGACAACAAAACCCUUUGGCAGAUAAACACUCUGUGCCAUCAGAAAAAGAGGAGGCGGGAAUUAUCCGGUCAAUGAUGAUAAAGGUUUUCCGCUGUAUUGAGCCGGAGCUGAACAACCUAAUUUCACUUGGUGACAAGAUUGACAGCUUUAACUCCUUGUAUAUGCUCGUGAAGAUGAGCCAUCAUGUUUGGACAGCAGAGAAUGUGGAUCCUGCCUCUUUCCUCAGUACCACAUUAGGAAAUGUCCUUGUGACAGUUAAAAGGAAUUUUGACAAAUGCAUUUUGAAUCAAAUUAAGCAGAUGGAAGAAGUGAAAAUAUCAAAAAAAAGCAAAGUUGGAAUCUUGCCUUUUGUUAGUGGAUUUGAAGAGUUUGCGGAACUGGCCGAGUCCAUCUUCAGAAUUGCAGAGCGCAGGGGUGAUCUGAACAAGGCUUACAGCAGGCUUAUCCGAGCUGUGUACAACAACGUGGAAAAAGUGGCUAAUGAAAGUCAGAAGACUCCUCGAGAUGUGGUGAUGAUGGAAAACUUCCACCACAUUUUUUCAACCCUCUCUCGCCUCAAAAUCGCCUGCCUAGAAAUCGAGAGAAAGGAAGCAAAACAGAAAUAUACAGAGUACCUGCAAGCUUAUGUCAUAUAUUCUCUGGGACAACCGCUUGAGAAACUUAACCAUUUCUUUGAAGGCAUCGAAGCUCGUGUGGCACAAGGUAUUCGAGAGGAGGAAGUCAGUUACCAACUAGCUUUCAACAAGCAAGAACUCCGUAAAGUUAUCAAAGAAUAUCCUGGAAAGGAAGUCAAAAAGGGGCUGGAUAACCUGUACAAGAAGGUGGAUAAGCAUCUCUGUGAGGAGGAGAAUCUGCUGCAGGUUGUGUGGCAUUCCAUGCAGGAUGAGUUCAUUCGGCAGUACAAACACUUUGAGGGUCUGAUAGGUCGUUGUUAUCCUGGAUCUAGCAUUAUAAUGGAGUUCACAAUACAGGACAUUCUGGAGUAUUUCUCUAGUAUAGCCCAGUCUCACUAAAAUAUCACAAACAGCAGCCAGGUCAUUUUAGUUGUGGUCCUGUUUGAUCUCAACUUCAAAAAAUUGUCAUUGUAACAUUAACUAUUUAACUCUAGCUGCACAUUGCAACAUAGAUGCUCAGCUAAACAAACCAAAGCAGAAAUGCAAGUAGUAAUUCUGUUGAUGGCUUUAACAUACUAGCAUACUUGAGUUGAACCAAAUGUAUAAAUGUAUAAGGCUGCGUCAGCAUAGUUUCUUGUCUGUUGCGAGACUUUAAGAGAACAUUUCCGUUACUAUGUAAAAUAGCGGAUUUGUAAAAGCAUUUUUAAUAUUUGAGACUUGGCAUUAUCGGAAAUUCUAGCAACAAGUUUCCUGCAGCGUAUUUUAAUUAAGUCCAUAAUUUUGCCUUAACUAACGACUUUUUUUUUAGUAGGUUUUUCUUGAGGGAGAUUCAUGAGACACUGAGACCAUUAGUGAACAGGCUAACAGGAGCAGUCAGGACCUUGGUGACAGAGUCAGUCAGAGGUGCUUUUGGCCAUACUAUCAGAGUUUGCUUAUUAAAUUCAGAAAAAUCUGCAUUAACUCAGGAUUAUUAUUGUAGCCAUUGUCAUUUAGCAGACAGAGUUGAGCAGCAAAAUCAAACCCCUCUCAAUAGCACUUUCCUCAUGAAAAAUGUAUUGGCUCAGAUAAAUUAAUGUUCUGGAAUGAAGUAAGUACAUUAGAAUUUCUCUCCGCUGAUAAUAAUUACUUCAAUAAUUAUGUUGAAUCACAAACAAAAAGCUGGAAUCUUGAACAGGUGGGGAAUGAUGUAUUGUGAAAUUGCUGAACAAAUAGAACUGUUUGGUUUGUCCUUAGACUAGUUUUACAUUUGGUUUACAGGGUGUUAACAAAAUCCUGUUACCCCAUAUGUUUCCUACAUGGCACUGACCAACACCUGAAACGUGUAGAAGAAUGAUGGUAGUUGUAUAUAGAAUUACUUAAUUGUAUUCAAUGCAAAUAUUUAACUGUAUUUAAGAUGGCCAGAGGAUUGUUUUGUGUGAGGGCCAUCAUUUUCAUGGCAGAUUAUGAUCCAUCGCCAUGUUCCUUAAGGUGAUGCAGUGACAAGGUGAAAUGCAUCUCUGACAGCUUGACAGCUUGUUGCAGAUCCUGAUAGUCUCAUAUCACUGUUUUGUAAUGGAGUAAGAGGACUUGUGGACACCCUGUACAAUGAAACUAUGAUUUAUAUACUACUUGGAUUCUGUUUUACCAUUUCUCGGCAAACUGUCAGUCUUACAGAUAGCUGCCCUGUGGCUUUAGCUGUGUUUUGUAAGCUAAGUGUUUGCCUCUAUGUCCUAUAAUGGGAGUUGGACUUUAUGAGCUAAUCAUGUAAAUAGUAAUUUCCUUCUAUAAUGUUUUUCGGGCUAAAUUUUGUUCAGCAUAAAACUCUCUACUAUCCAAUUCUAGGAGAAUUGUGAGCAAAGGGGCUUUGCUCGCGCUUUUUUUGUCACUAAAAUAUGCAGAUUGCCCACUGGAAUUCAACCCAAAUGUCAAAGAUGUCAUUGUCUUAUAGGAACAGCCAUGUUACAAUAGUUCUAAUUAAAUUACAAAGGAUUCACACAUAUACACUCUCAUUUUUCAAUACUACUAAAAACUAUUUUGGCAAAUAUGAUCCACAAUUAUAAAAUUGGAAUCUGCAUUAGAUUAGUGUUUAGGCAUAAUUUUUUUUAAAAAAAGACUUUAUUUUAUGCAUUCUGCUUCUCAUAUUUCUUGUGAGAAUGACCAUUUAUUUAACAUAGAAAAACAGCCGAGAAAAUCUGAUUUGAAUUCAAUACAUGGAUAUCAUUCAUGCAUUCCUUUGUUAUUCUUUAAGUUCCAUAGAUUUAGGUAAUAAUACAAAAAGGAUGUUUUCACUUUAAUACAACAAAUAUCUGAUAUUUCUAUCUCGUUCUCACAACACGUAUUUACGGACCUUAGAAAAAACACCAUUGUUAACCAUGUUAAGAUAUAAUGAACACAUUAGCCACAAUGCAUUAUUUUUUUAUGUAACAUAACACUAAUCAUGACUUAUUUUGCAAGGUUUGCUAAAAUAACAACUGCUUUUAUGCAGCAUUAUGAAAGGAGGCUUGACAUUUCUGACAGCUGGAGAUAUUUACUGCAGUAUUUCAUAUGCUUAUUGUUAAAUAUAAGACUUGUAGCAGACCUAAAUCAUGUUCCAGUUAAUUAAAUUUUUAUUGUAAAGAUUAUAAGCAGCCAUUUAACAAGUAUGAGCUCUUGGCUUACUCUAUUAUGUUUUGAGAGGGGCAGUAGGAUGGCAGAAGGAGCUAUUUGGGGUUGAUGUGAACGUAACCUGAAGAUUGAUUUAGCUUGAGAUUUUUGAAUGUACAUCAAGGAAACGUUUUGUGCAUUAUGUGCACUCACUCCAGCUUCACUAUUGUUUCAUAAGGAUUUGGUAGAAUUGCAUAGUCAGCAGAAGUGUUAGUAAAGGGGGAGCUUUAUUAUUUAUUUGCACAAAAACAUUUCUGGUCAACUGAAUAAUGUUUAGUUAGACGAGCACAUUUCUGAAUAUCUCCAUGUGCUUCUAGUGUAGGACCUUUGAUAAUAAAUGUGUUUACCAGGAAAUGUGGUGCAACUAACCAACCAUCAGGGUAUUUACAUUCCUACAUCUGCACGUAUGUGCAUUGUGGGGCAAGGCAAGUACCUUCUUUGUGGUAAAUAUUUCAGAUAUUAUUCUGGAAAAUUAUGGUUUUAAGUUUAUAUUUGUUCGAGCUCUAGGCACUACCAGUCAGCAAAUGAUUUGUGUUUAGCCUUCAGCCAUGCUGUCGUCAAUGACGUGUGUAAUAAGGAGUUAUAAUCUGCUGAGGGAAUAGAUUCUGUGAACAAACUGUGCACUAAUAACUAUGUAUCACUGAAUUCAAAACACUAUUAAUAAAAGAAAGUGAACUUCA